AUGUCGAGCUCGGAUGAGACGAGACGGGAUUCAAAUCAUCGAGACGAGUGGCAUCGCCAUAUCGCCAAGAGACCGGUCGAGGUUGACGGGGAACACCAAGAGACGGACGCCUCAAGACGAGUGCAAUUCAACUGCCCAGCUGCAGAACCGAAAGAAGCUUCGACAAUCGGCUACUGCAAUGUACGAGAGCGAGCGAGCGAGCGCGCUGAGUGCGUCGAAGAGACAGGGAUGAAGGAUGAUGGAGAUGAAGGUUGCAGACGACGAUCUGGGGCAGAGAGACGUGCAUCAACCCACCAAGACGCCGCUGCCACGGACGGAAUGGUCCGAUGUGCCGGGCGAGGAGGGUCAAAUUCCCUCGAAAAGGUGAACCUCCUUUAUGGACGUUCGCCAAAGCACAGUUGGAAGAUCCUGCUCUCGCACUUCUUCCUCAUCGUCUUCUUUCAACCCAUCAUUCUCAACCGUCUCUCUCGCCCAGCAUCAAUGUUCGCACUACGAUCCGCCCGGAUCACCUUGCGCACAUCCCAAACCUUCCCUCUUCGCUCGCUGCACACUUCCAUCCCCAACCUCGAAGAAGCAGCGCUAAACCGAGCCGAGCGACUCAAAGCACGUUUCUGGAAGACAGUCACCCUCCAACCACCCACUUCCUCCAACCCUGGCUAUCAGAUUCUACUCGAUGGACGAUCCAUCAAGACACCUUCCGGUCAACCGAUCGUGAUCCCAGCUGAUAGGGAGUUGCUCGCCACGUGCAUCGCACAAGAAUGGUCGGAACAGGGUAAAACGCUCAAACCACACACACUGCCCUUGACGAGCUUGGCAGCUCGUGCAUUGGAAUCAUGUUCCGUACAAGCAGAGAGGAGAGAGAUCGAGGGAGAUCUCUUGAGGUACUUGGAUAACGAAACGGUGUGCUUCCAAGAGACCCAACCAGCAGCACUCGUCGAACUCCAGAAACUCCACUGGACACCUCUGCUCGACUACAUCAACUCGACCUACUCCACCUCGAUCGCACCUUUCACCGGACUUCUCGGCGGCGAACACCCCGAAGGAACACGAGAAACCUUCCAGUCCCACCUGGAAAACCUUCAAAACUUCGACCUCGCAGCGUUCGAAAGGAGCGUCAUGCUCACAAAGAGCUUUCUCGUCAGCAUAGCGCUCGUCAGCGGACAGUUGAGCGUAGAGCAGGCAGCAAGCGCAGCAGAAGUCGAAGUCCAGAGCCAGAUCAACCGAUGGGGUAGCGUCGAGGACAGCCACGACGUGGAUCAGGCAGAGAUGAGGAGGACGCUCGGUAGCGUGGCUAUUGCUACCGUUAGGAAUUAA